AUGACCAUCCCUAGCUUUGAAGGACGGAGCACGCAGAAGGCGGCCGUGUGCCACGGCGCGGUGGACCUGCGGAUCGAGGACAAGCCGAUCAAGGCGCCUGGCGACGGCGAGGCGCAGAUCGCCAUGGGCGUCACUGGGCUGUGUGGCUCUGAUCUCCACUACUACGUCGCCGGCGCCAACGGCACCUUCAAGAUCCAGGCGCCCAUGGUGCUGGGCCACGAGUCGUGCGGCAUCAUCACCGCCCUGCCCGCCUCCUACAGCGGCCACCUGGCCGUCGGCGACCGCGUCGCGCUCGAGGUCGGCAUCAACUGCAAGAACUGCCACUACUGCAAGAUUGGCCGCUACAACCUGUGCAAGGGCAUGCGGUUCGCGUCGAGCGCCAAGACGUUCCCCCAUCUGGACGGCACGCUGUGCGAGGUCAUGACGCACCCCGUUGACCUGCUGCACAAGCUCCCCGCGUCGCUCGACCUGCCGCUCGCGGCGCUCGCCGAGCCGCUGAGUGUCGUGCUGCACGCGUACCGCCGCGCGCAGCUGCAGCCUGGCGCGCGCGUGCUGGUCCUUGGUGCUGGCGCUGUCGGCCUGCUCGCCGCCGCGCUCGCCAAGGCGUCCGGCGCGACGACCGUCGUCGCCGUCGACAUUGAGCAGGGCAAGCUCGACUUUGCCGCCGCGCAGGGCUGGGUCACCGGCACCCACCUCCUGCCGCGCGGCGCGCGCGUCUCGGGCCUCGACGCCCUCGAGGUCGCCAAGACCCAGUGGGAGGGCCUCCAGAAGGACGAGGUCGUGUCGUCCGUCGAGGGGCUGGUCGAGGGCUUUGACGCUGUGUUUGAGUGCACCGGUGUCGAGUCGUGCAUGCAGCUUGCGGUCUUGGCCGCUGCACCAGGCACAAAGGUCCUCUACGUCGGCAUGGGUACCGCUAACCUCACCCUCCCCAUCGGCCCCUCGAUGAUCCGCGAGGUCGACCUCAUCGGCGUCUUCCGCUACUGCAACACGUACCCCGAGGCCCUGGCCCUUCUCGGCUCGGGCAAGCUCGGCGACGUCAGCAAGAUGAUCACCCAGAGGUAUCCCCUCGACCGGGCCGUCGAGGCGUUCGAGGACCUCCGCAGGGGCCGCGACAAGGACGGCAACACGGUCAUCAAGGCCGUCGUCGGCAACCUCGAGCUCAAGUAAGCUGCCCCUUUGUAUUUACGUACGUAG